AAACACCAAACAAACGCCAGUGUUUUUGUGGUUGGUUGUUUGCGAAGGAAGACCAGUAGUGUUAAAAGUUUAAAACGCUUAUCAGCUUAUAGUAUCGUGAUACGUACGUGGGUCCGUUUUCACAACCUCCCAUCUCUUCAACCUUAAUAUAUAACGUUUCUGUCCCUCUUUUGUUUCGCUGUUACACAGCAAAGUACCCAAUAACCCACCACACACAAAACAGAACCAUAACCAGAACGUGAAAUUCAUCCAUAUUCAUAAAAAUUACAAAGCUAAACAACACACAUCACACAUAGUUUAAUUUUCUUUUUUCUUUCUCUUUUUUCCCCUGUAUUAUUAAGUGCAAAAUUAAGAGAAUUAGUUGUUGGGAAUAUGAGAAGGCCACAGCAUCAUCCACUAAGAUGUUGUAUGCAGAAAAACCGCACCGACAAAAACAUCCACCACCACCCCCCCAUGGGAGGGUUACCAGACGAUCUCGUCAUCUUCAUCCUUUCUAAACUUAGUUCCUCGGUUACUUCUCCUUCGGAUUUCAUCAACGUUCUCUUGACAUGCAAAAGAUUGAACCGGUUAGCUCUCGAUCGACUCGUGUUAUCGAAACUCGGCGCCAGGGCCUUCGCUGUGAAACCAAAAAACUGGUCAGAUUCCACUGACCGCUUCCUUCGCCGCUGCGUUACCGCCGGCAACGUCGAAGCCUGCUACACUCUCGGAAUGGUAAGUCUCCACCCGCCUCAACAUUCUAAUAAGUCAUGACUGAAUGAAUGAACGGUUUCAAUUUUCUCGAGCAU